GGGGGUGGUCGAUGGAGCGUGGCGGCAGUUCUCCGGGGGGCUCUGGGCGGCGAUGAGGGACAGCAGGGGGGCUGCGAGGCGUGGAGAGGGUCGUCAUGCAGCAGAACCAGGAGCACAGGAUGGACCCCCAGGAGCUGGCGGCCCAGAGGCUCAGUCUGUCCAGGAGGAGGCGGGGGUCUUCGGACCCCGAGGCCCCGGGGCCCCUGCUCUACACGGGGGGGUUCAGCGGGGCCCUGAAGCUGUCCCCCCCCGCCGUGCCCCCCGGCCUGCUGCGGGCGGGGGCAAAGGUCACCGACAGCCCCGGGAUGGGCAAGGUCAAGGUGAUGGUCCGUCUCUGCUCGGUGCCGGGCGAGGCCCCGGACCCCACGUCCUACCUGAAGGUGGACGUCCGCAAGAAGCAGCUGACCCUGUGUGAGACGGGGGGCCCCAGCCAGCCGGGGGGCCCGGGCCAGCCCAGGGAGCCCCCUGCCAGGCGUGCCUCCGCCCCUGCACCAAAGACGUUCGCCUUCGAUGCCGUCUUCUCCCAGGAUGCGUCGCAGGCCGAGGUGUGUUCGGGGAGCGUUGCCGAGGUCAUCCAGUCGGUGGUGAACGGCGCCGACGGCUGCAUCUUCUGCUUCGGACACGCGAACCUGGGUAAGACCUACACCCUGAUUGGCCGGGACUGCUCCACCCAGAGCCUGGGCGUGGCCCCCACAGCCAUCUCCUGGCUGUUCAGGGUGAUGGAGGAGCGGAAGGAGAAGGCCGGAGGCCGGUUCUCCGUCUCCGUGUCGGCGGUGGAGAUCUCCGGCCGAGAGGAGACGCUGAGCGACCUCCUGGCUCACUGCUACUCCUCCUCCUCCUCUUCCUCCUCCUCCUCCUCGGAGCACCUCCUCCCCCACGAGGAGCAGCGCAGGCCAGGGGUGGUCCUCCAGGAAGACCCCCUCUGCGGCUCCAAGCUCCAGAACCAGCGGGAGCUGCUCUCCUCCUCGGCGGAGCAGGCCGCCUUCUUCCUGGACGCGGCGCUGGCGGCGCGCAGCUCCAGCAGGGGCCGCUGCGACGAGGCCACGCGCAGGAACGCCCACUUCCUGUUCACCCUCACCGUGCAUCAGCAGCGGCCGGAGAAGAGCGCCAAGACCGCAGUGACUGCAGGUCGGAGUCGUCUUCACCUCCUGGACCUGGGGAGCUGUGAGAGCUGUGUGGGAGGAGGAGGAGCAGGAGGAGGAGGAGGAGGAGGAGGAGGAGCAGGAGGAGGAGGAACUCAGUGUCUGUCUCUGUCCGCGCUGGGGAAUGUGAUCCUGGCUCUGGUCAACGGGGCCAAACACGUCCCCUACAGGGACAGCAAGCUGACCAUGCUGCUGAGGGAGUCUCUGGGGAACAUCAACUGUCGGACCACCAUGAUCGCCCACGUGUCAGCACACCGGCGCCACCACCUGGAGACGCUGGGCACCCUGCAGCUGGCCUCACGGCUUCACCGCGUCAGGAAGAACAAGGCCCGGUACGCCUCCAGCUCCUCCGGGGGAGACAGCUCCUGUGAGGAGGAGCGGCCCCAGCGGGGGGGGGCCCUCAGACCCCUGCACCCCCGGUCCCGGACCGUGGCCCUGGACCCGGAGGGCCCCGCGCGGGCCCCCAGCGACCCGGACUACUCCUCCAGCAGCGAGCAGUCCUGCGACACCGUCAUCUACGUGGGGCCCGGCGGGGGGGCCCUCAGUGACCGGGAGCUCAGCGACCACGAGGGCCCCCCGGCCUUCAUCCCCAUCGUCCCCUCCCUGGUGAGGAGGCGGGCCCCGCCCCUCAGGGCCCCCCCCCGCGGGGGCAGCCGGCUCCGCUGCGACACCUUCGCCGAGCUGCAGGAGCGGCUGGACUGCAUCGACGGCAGCGAGGGCCCCCCCGGCCUGGCCCCCGAGGGCCCCGCCGCCGCCGCCCCCCCCCAGGGCCUGGUCGCUGCUAAACCCCCUGACACUGUGCCACCCCCAACAUCGGACCGGCCCCCCGGGGCCCGGGAGGGGGUCUCGUCCAGGGAGGGGGUCUCGGCCCGGUCCGCCCCUCCCGAGGCGGUGGUCCGGGAGAAGCUCUACCUCCGUGCAACGGCCCCGAAGCCCUCCGACUCCCCCUCUCUCCCCAGGGGCCCCCAGGCCACACCGGGGCCCGGGGGGGGGCGGGCGCCCCCUGUGGGGAUGCCCCCCACGGAGCUCCACCCCGUUGGGGGGUGGGGUCUGGACCGGGACCUCUUCAGGACCACCGUGACCCUGCAGCGCCCCCUGGAGCUGAACGGGGAGGACCAGCUGGUGUUCACCCUGGUGGAGGACCGGCCCCUCGGCCCGGGGGCCCCGGGCCUCACUGGGGGCGGGGCUGGCCGCGGCUCCGUCAGCAUCAUCAGCAGCAUCAGCGACGAGUACGACGCCUACCUCACCGGGCUGGGGGCGGCGGCCUCCGGCCCGCAGCCCGCCGCGGCUCUGUGGCGCCGGGACCACGCCCAGGGCUCCCACAGCUCCCACAGCUCCCAGUACGACAGCGGGAUCGGCUUCUCCGAGCUGGAGGGCGAGCUGGGGACCGCGCCGUGUCGGACCCCCGCCCCCUCGCCCGCGGAGCCCCCCCGAGCGGCUCUCAGAGGGACCAGGACCCGAGCCGGUUCCCUCAGCUCCCCCGCCUCCCAGACCCUCCCCCGGCGGCCCAAGCCCCUCCCCCCGGGGCCCCCCGGAGGAGGAGCGCCGGCGGGGGGCCCGGCAUACGACCUCUGGCCGACCUCGGGCCCCGGGGAGGCGGGGCGGCGGCGGAGCGGGCCGAGCGUCGCCGGGGGCAACAGCCACAGCGUCCCGCGGCCCCCCAAGAACCAAGCCCCCCCCUCCUCCUCCUCCCCCCCCCCCCAGCAGGGGGACCCCCCGGGGAGGGGGCCCCGCCUCACCCGGGGGGCCACCACCCUGGGGAUGGUGUCGGGGCCCCAGGGGUCCUCGGAGUCCGUCUGGGAGCCGGAGGGGUCUCCCGGGACGGGGGGCCGGUUCUCCUCCCUGGGGAAGCGGUCCGGCGGACACAGGACCGGCCGGGCCCCUAAAGCGGGGUCUGGGAGCCCCCCCCCCGGCGGCCCCGGGGCCCCGGACCCCCGGGGGGGGGGCAUGGCCUCCUGGCGGUCCACGCUGCCCCGGGCGCCGCCGCCGGAGGCGGAGCCCCGCUCCCGGCUCCGGGACGAGCCCCCCGCGCUCAGGAUGACCUCCAGCCUCAAGACGCGCGGCGCCAAGGGGGGCGCCCUGCUGCAUUAUGGGAUGUCCCUGGAGAGGGGCGGGGGUCCGAGCUCCAGAGAGGACCUGGGGGGCCGACCGGCCUCCUCCGUGAGGCUCGGAGCUCCGCCCCCCAUGGCCGCCGCCCCCAGACCGGGCGGGGCCAGGUCCUCCGGGGGCGGGCCCGGGGGCGGGUCCGGGGUGUCAAAGAGUCGCUCGCCGUCCUCCAGCGCCUCGAGGACCCCGAGCUCCCAGGACGACGCCCCUCCCCCCGGGAAACCCCCGGGCGCCACGGCGGGGGGGCCGGGGGCGGGGGGGGGACGGGCGGCCAACAGCCGGGUCAGCGAGCUGGCGGCGGGGAGCGGCAGGAGGCAGGCGGGGGGCGGGGAGGGGGCGGGGGGCGAGGGCGGGGGGAUCCCCUCCCCCUACAGUAAGGUGACGGCGCCGCGCCCCGCCCAGCGCCACAGCAGCGGCGUCGCCAGCGACAACAGCAGCGUGCUGAGCGGCGAGCUGCCCCCCGCCAUGGGCCGCACCGCCUUGUUCUACCACAGCGGCGGCAGCAGCGGCUACGAGAGCAUGCGGCGCGACAGCGAGACGGCGUCCUCCGCCCGCGACUCCAUGAGCGACGACGUCACGCGGAACCGCGGCCGCGUCAACAAGUCCCCCAAGAAGAGGGGCAACGGGGUCCAGCGGCGCCGCCUGAUCCCGGCCCCCCUCCCAGACUCCUCUCUGGGCCGGCGGGCAGAGGGCCAGCGGGACCGGGCCCACCAGCCCUUCGAGAUCACCGUCUACCAGAUAGACCCCCUGGACCCCCUGCAGAGGAGCCGGCAGGAGCAAACGUUCCAGGAUGUGGAGAAGGGCCUGCAGUACUUCAACGCGCGGCUGCGUGUGGCCGAGCGGCGGCAGCAGCAGAUUGCGGCCCUGCGUUGCCGGAGGGAGAGGCUCAGGGCCGAGCUGACAGAGGCCAAGGGCCUGCUGAUGGUGGCCCCCGGGAGGCGGAGCCCCGACUACGAGGCAGAGCAGCACCUGGACCAGGAGUCCCAGGAGUACCUGGAGGUCCUGCUCCGCACCACGGACGAGCUGGAGGACGUGGUCAACGUCUGCAAGGCCCGGCUCAUGAUGGAGACAUGCUUCGACGUCUCCACGGCAACAGGAGGUGGCGCCGCCGCCCGGCGAGGACUCUGAUCGGACGAGGAGGAGGAGACGGGACGUGAGACGAGAUUCAACCUUCACAACCGGUCAGGAGGGGUGGAGUUAAAGAGCUGUUUAACAAGACACUCGUUAGCCAGACGUUAACGAGACACUCGUUAACGAGACACUCGUUAACCAACACGUCCUUUGACUUGAGUUCAGAACACGUCUCUGACAAACCUUCAGCAGGAGAUGGAAGCCCCCCCCCCCCCCCCCCUCACCUCGUGGUGAUUGGCUGAGAGACGGACUGACCUCAUCCUUUAUUUUAACCAAUGGAAGAGCUACACACAGAGAACAGGCUGCCUGUCUGGGGGUUAUACUCUGAGGACCCAGAGAGGGUCUGGACCCGGGUUCUGUCAACACGGACCCUAGGAUCACUGAACCCGGGUUCUGUCAGAACAGACCCUAGGAUCACCGGACCCGGGUUCUGUCAGAACAGACCCUAGGAUCACUGGACCCGGGUUCUGUCAACACGGACCCUAGGAUCACUGGACCCGGGUUCUGUCAACACGGACCCUAGGAUCACUGGACCCGGGUUCUGUCAACACAGACCCUAGGAUCACUGGACCCGGGUUCUGAGGGGGAACCCUGCGGUACCUCAGCCUCUUUUAAUUUAGGACCGUGCCUUUUUUACUUUACAGAGGAACUCUCGGAGGUCCCUAACUCCUCCGUUAGUUUUACAUAACAGGAACGUUUAUGAAAGUUUCUAGAAGCAACGAGAUAAUAGUGGAAAAUAAAAUACAGCAAGACAGCAAUAAUUAUUUCAUAUUCUAGAGUUAUUUUGUGAUAUCUGUUCUUCAUAAUGCUAAACCAAACUAACAUCUGUCGGGGGAUUCCGAUUGGUCCAGACUGUGGGGAGGAAGUCAGACAAAAGGUUGUGGGUUCGAACCCCAUCGCCCAUAGUCCACCUGCAAGCCUCUGAAUUGAUGCUUCCAGAUCCCUCGCAAUCAGGAUAUCUCCUGACCUUGACCCAGCCCAAGGUCAGCUGACCUUUAGACAUCAGCUGACCAAGAUCAACACCAUAUCUGCAUCCAUUUUUAGCUUAAUCUCCGACUGUGGGACAGAGAACUCAAACCCGAUCCCCACCACCUUGUCUCAUAACAAGU